GCGGCUGCGGAGGCGGCUCCGCAGCGUAUUCAGCGUUGCGAGCAGAUAGCUCUGCGUUAGUGCUUGUAGCUCUUUCUUCCAUGACAACAGAUGGACCGGAGCUGAGCAGUGAACACAGCGAUGGCCAGGGGAACGGCGAGCGCGAGGAGCGCGCGGACUGGAUCCUUCCGAUGGCACAGUGCUAUGAGUCUUGAUCAAUUGGAGAGGAGCCCAAGAGACAUUUUUCAUCCUGAGAUACAAAAGGGAUCGGUGAAUUUUAAAUUUGGAGUCCUCUUUGCUAAGGAUGGUCAGCUUACAGAUGAUGAAAUAUUCAGUAAUGUUUCCUCAGUAAUUGCUGGAGCUCUGCUUACCCAAGCUCUGGGUAAAACAAGCUUUGGGUUCCUUCUGUCUCACCGGGAGUUGCCCAGUUUGGUUGCAUCUGGUGAAAUUCACCCUGAGACCUGACAGAGCUGGCUCAGACUACGUGAGAGCCAUUUGCGGUUCUCUCCAGACACCUGGAGAAUGGGUGAGUUUCUGAGGAUCUGGCACGUGUACUUAUAUCAAACCUCAGUCUGUGACAUUGCUGGGGAAAACCCUUCUGUGUCCUGAAGGGCUCAAACUCUGUUGAGGAUCCACUUAUCAGUUGCUCAGCUGGAUGGUUCCAGCUCCUAAAGUUAACACUUGUGCUCUUG